CUUACACAAGUAAAUGAUAAACAAGACAGUUCUAAACCCUGAUGCGGUAGUACCUUGGGGCUCCACUAAAACGCACAGCCGAUCUCACGCCGGAACUUCUCACCGUCCCCAACAAUGAGAGCCAUCAUCGGCGCCGCCGUAGCAGCGGAACAUAAACUUACUCGUCUUGCCAAAACACUUUACUCUUCUUCAACUCGUAACUACUCUAUAACCAUCUCCACACACAACACCACCACAAUAAUUCAAUCUGAGCCGUCGAUUUUCUCCGCCGAUCGUUGCCGCCAUCCGUCUCACCAACUUCUCUCUGUCCCGUGGUCCGCCAAUCAGAUCCGGUUCGCCAAAGCUCGCGGCUCCGAUGUGAGACCAGGAAAUGUCAUUGAAAGAAAAGGAAAAGUUUACCAGGUUGUAAAAGCACAACACUCAACUCAAGGAAGAGGAGGUGCUAUUAUACAGGUAGAGCUUCGUGAUGUUGAUAGUGGAAACAAAGUGAAUGAAAGGUUUCGCACAGACGAAACUGUUGAAAAAAUAUUUGUUGAAGCCAAAUCUUACACUUAUCUAUACACUGAUGAAGAAACUGAUACGAUUGUGCUAAUGGAGCCUAACACUUUCGUACAACUGGAUGUACCCAAGCACCUAUUUGGAAACUCUCUUGCAUAUUUAAAAGACGAUAUCACCGUCUCUGUGGAGCUUUUUAAUGAUAGGCCUAUGUCAGCAUCGGUACCUAAACGAGUUACAUGUACUGUGGUGGAAGCACAAGUCCCCAUGAAGGGCAUGGGAGCUACCCCUCAUACCAAAAAGGUAUUACUGGACAAUGGCCUUAGAGUAGAGGUACCGCCACAUGUUGUAACAGGUGAUAAGAUACUCAUUGACACCACCAACGACUCGUACAUAAGCAGGGCUUGAGCUCACUCUUAAUGACUCAAUUGACGUCACACCAAAAGCACAAUAUAUAAGAAGAUAUAGGUUUGAAAAUCAAAAGGCCGAAAACAUUUUUGUAGCGGAAGUUCUCAUUCAUAAUGGAGUAAGUUUUUCUUGUUCCAUUUUCUCGUUUAGCUCCAAAGCUAUUGUUAAGCUUAAAUUAAAGGUGGUAAUUUUGUCCACUUUACUUUUGUAUCGAUUUAUUCAGGUUAUGUUUCAUGUCUAAUGGGUCAGAUGAGUAAAAUAAAAGGAAACAUGUCAAAUGCACACCAUGAUCAAAUAAUUUUGAGUAUGUGAUUUAAGUUU